AGCAGAAACCCACACUCACUUGACCGAUGAAUAUUACUCUCGAUGAUUCCCGCCUCUCCGGCCUCGAAAUUUUCUUUUCCUCUGAUUCCCUCAUUCUAUCUAAAUCCAGCCUGAUAGCUGUCACCAUCGUUUACCAUCGCGCGUUUGUUUGACGGCUACACUGCUGUCAAAUGAACCUGCACCGACCUCCUUUACCUUUCCUCCAUUCCCCCUCCCCUCCUGGUAUUCUCUAAAUGCCCACCAUCUACUCCUCCCUCUACACGAAUUUUAUCCGCCAAGGAUUUGCGAAAUCUCUUACCCACGGCUACGCACAAUCUGUCGUAGCUGCCACCCACCCUCAUGUUCUAAACACUCAGAAUCGUCCUUCCUUUGCUCGACGUGCUAGUCAGCGGGUUGGACGCCUUUCCAGUCUUCAGCUACAGAAUGCUUUCCAUACCGCCAAUUCGAAUGCUCAUACCGAGCGUCGCCCCGAGCGACUUGGCGGCGAGGGAAACCUUGACGCCUAUUUCGAGGCCUUAAAGAAGACACAGGAUGCUGGCGAGGUCGAACGCGAGUGGACUCAGUUCCAAUUCCCGAAACCCAUCGAGUGGAAGCCGGAUGCGGAAUCGAUACUCGAGGGCUCCGAGCCCGGCUUACGAACUGCUGGCAGUGGUAUAGUCGAGAGUGCCCACCUGGGCCAGAGCUCUCAAGAUGUACCGGUGCCAGUAGACGUGGAGGAGGUUCUGGCCCACAUAGAUGCCGCCAUCGAGAAGGAAAUCGAAGUUCGCGAGCUGCGCGAGGCGCUCGAGGAAAGCACCACUAAUUCCUUGAGAGCAGCAUCACCCGAUGUCGCAAGUCUUGUCCAGUCUCGAGCUUUGACACCAUCAGUCGAGAGAGCAUCGACACCAGGAAGUAUCGCACGUAGUGCCACGCCGCCGGUCGAUCCUCAAUCGCAGAGCUAUGCCGACCACCUUAAUAAGCUCAGCGAAGAUGGGAGAUUUGCGGAGAUUCCAGCCGUUUUCGAGGCUAUGCUUGUCGCUAACAUUAAGCCUAUCGCGGCUGCUUACAACGCUUUGUUGGUGGCUGCGAUUCAGAUUCCAGUCGAGAAGCACGAAGUCCUCUCCAAGGCACUCGAUGUUUAUGCUGAUAUGCUGCGACGAAAUGUUGCACCUAAUGCCGACACCUACAAUAUUUUGGUAGGCCUGCUAGCUGCCAGAUGCCUUGAGGUCAAUAACCUCAAGAAGUCGCUUGACGAGAAGCGGGUCCGAUUUGGUGGUAUGGAUGAGCCUGGCAAAUUCAUGUUUGCCUCGAAUGAGCUGGAACACGCCAUUCUAUCUGAAGAUGACCGUCUCGACCUGGCCCUCAAACUGUUCGAUUCGUCAGUGACAACACACUGCGCAAACUAUUCGUCCGAAACCUACCAUCAACUCAUUUCUGCGUGUGCACAGGAUGGCCGUGUUGGAGAAAUGCUCCAUCUGUUCGAACACAUGGAGAUGACUGGCACAGUUCCAUUUGCUGCAACGUUCCCGGCAAUGAUUUCUGCAUUUGCGAAUACAGGCGACUUGGCUAGCGCGGUAGAAUGCUAUAACGAGUACAAGGAGCUUGCUGUGGCCCAUGACAGCGGCAAGUAUACUCUCAAUGAUCGGCUUGAUGCCGAAGUGUAUGCCGCUGUUAUUCAUGCCUACGUUAUCAACGGCAGGCUUGAAGGUGCAAUGAAAUUCUAUGAGAAAUUGGCUGAGGGCUAUGGUGUUCGUCUUCAUGAGAUUUACGACGCCCUCGUCAGUGGAGGAUUCGUCAAGGGUUUAAUAUCGCGUGCUACUUAUCCAGAGGCCUUGCAAUGGGCUAAGAGUAUCGAAGACACAACGCGUUUUGAAGCCAUGGCCGAUAUCGUAACCGCCGCGGCUGAUGCUGGCGAUCGACAGACCGCUGUUGCAGCCUUCUCCAAAAUUCCUACAACUUACCCACAGAUAGUAGUUCCAGCCAUGGCUCUACUUGCUCUGUGCGUGCGUGGGGGAGAUAUAAUGGGCGCGUCUGCAUACUGGCAAAUACUCAGUAACCCUGGAUUUGAAGUCAAUGCUACAUUCAUUGAGCCAACAGCCAUGUACGCAGUGGCCAUGAUUGGGUCAGGCCAGGUCGCAGAAGGUUUAGCAGCGUCUGAGUUGAUGUUCCACCGAAUUCGCAACGCGGAUGCGGACAGCAGCAUGAAAGCACAGCUCGCCGAAGAAGUUGAGGAGGGCGUUGAUUUCAUUUCGAGUUACAUGUUGACUCGUGGAAUUGCUGAUCCCCGUCUUGUUCCUGUAGCUGGUUUCGUCGAGCCGCAACCCAGCUUUGUUGCAUCGCCGCACCCUUCUGGCAGCAUCUCUCCUAGCUUCGAAGACAACUAUGACCCCUAUGCCCACACUACGGACUUCAAAGGAUCAUCGAUCAUCUCCGAUGAGUUGGAGGGUGCACAUGGCCGCAAGGGUCCCCGACUCCAAGAUGCUCUAGGCCGGUUCCGCAACAUGCGACGCGCAGGUCGCCAUCCAAGGUACAUCACUUAUUCCAAGCUCAUCUCAGCUGCUGCCCGCGAGGGAAAGAUGGAUCUAUGCAAUGAUAUUCUUUCCAUGGCGCGAUCAGAUGUCCCUUUGCUUCCUCAGUAUCCUGUCGUCAGGUACGGCUGGUCGUCGAUCCUGGAUGCCAUGGUAGGUGCCUGCCUCACUCUCGGUGAUCGAGGCCUGGCUGAGCAGUACCACAUGGAACUCUUGAACAUGGGUGCAGCUCCCUCAGCCAAUACCUUCGGACUUUACAUCACCACUCUGAAGGAGUCGACCAAAACGUUUGAUGAGGCUUCGGAAGCCGUCAAGAUCUUUCUACGAGCUAAGGCGGAGGGUGUUGAGCCGUCUUCAUUCCUAUACAAUGCGCUUAUUGGAAAGUUAGGCAAGGCUCGCCGAAUUGACGAUUGUCUGUUUUAUUUCGCUGAGAUGCGCGCUCUGGGUAUCAAGCCCACAAGUGUAACCUACGGAACCAUCGUCAAUGCACUUUGCCGUGUCAGUGACGAGAAAUUUGCCGAAGAACUAUUCGACGAAAUGGAGGCUAUGCCCAACUACAAGGCGAGACCCGCUCCAUACAACAGUAUGAUGCAGUUUUUCCUCACCACGAAGCGCGACAAGUCCAAGGUCCUUGCUUACUACGAGCGUAUGAAAUCGAAGGGCAUCGCUCCAACGGCCCAUACCUUCAAACUGCUGGUAGACACUCAUGCCACUCUUGAGCCUGUUAACAUGACUGCAGCUGAAGCUAUCCUUGAUAUGAUCCGCUCAUCUGGCCAGCGUCCGGAACCAGUUCACUAUGCCUCGCUUAUUCAUGCCCGGGGUUGCGUGCUUCAUGAUAUGGAGGGCGCAAGAAGAAUCUUCAACUCAGUGAUGAGCGAUCCUAGCAUUCCCGCCAACGCUUGCCUUUUCCAGGCCUUAUUUGAGGCAAUGGUUGCCAACCAUUGCGUUGCCGAUACUGAGCCUGUUCUCUCUCAGAUGAAACAGCGCCGUGUCGAGCUCACUCCUUACAUCGCCAAUACUCUUAUUCACGGAUGGGCAAGCGAGAAGAACAUCAACAAGGCAGCAUCAAUCUACAAUAGCGUCAGCUUCGAAAAGCGCGAACCUAGCACUUACGAAGCUAUGACACGUGCAUAUCUUGCCGUGGAGGAGCGAGACCAAGCUCAAGCCAUCGUUGUCGAGAUGCUGUCUAGGGGUUAUCCCAAUGCAGUUGUCAGCAAAAUCCUCGAGCUCCUCGGCGGAGGCAACCAUGAAGUGCCUGUCGCAGCUGCAUAAGCUCCUAGUAUUCUGUCGUUUUCACCGGUUUUGUUCAAUUUAUUUCCUGUUUCCUUUGUCCUUGCUUCCAAUGCGAUACCCCGUGCGUUGAGAGAAACAUUUUCCUGGGAUCGGUGCUUGGGGUUCG